AUGAACUCUUCCGCAAUUCAUAACAAGUGGGUUGAAGAUGCCAUUCGUAGUAGAUAUGUGACAGAGUUUGAUCACUAUUCGUUUAGAGAAAUAGAAAUUAUUUUAACAACGCCGUUAACGGAUAUUAAGAAGGCUUAUCAAAUAGGAUUUGAUAGAAAUGUUGUCCUUAAAUAUUUAAGGGAAGAACAAUAUAAAGUCGAAGACGUGUAUCAUAAAAAUUUCUUGAGAGAGGUUCGGAAUUUGGCAAGGUUAAAUGAAUUUAAUAACGAAAAUAUAGUUAAGUUUUUAGGAAUUAGCAAAGGUAUAAAAUAUUUUAUUAAUAGAGACCUAAUUACUCGAGGUCUUAUUUUUGAAAAAGCUAGCUUAUUCAAAUUGUUUACAUAUUGUUAUUAG